CAGACAGUUGCCGUAGUCAUUGGCGAUCGCGAAUUCGAUGAUGACAAUGUGCCCGACCGGGGCACUGUAUUGUCUGUCUGUGCUGGUCUGGUCACGGUCGAUGAACAAAGUCAAGUCAUCCGACUCGUUCACUAUACGGCACAAGAGUACUUCACGAAGCAAGGGGCUUGGUUUCCAGAGCCAGAAAGCUACAUCGCGAAGGCUUGCAUUACCUAUUUGUCCUUCAACAAUUUUGCAAGCGGCAUCUGUCACACCGCUGACCAGUUCACGAAAAGGCUACGAACUAAUCCACUCUAUGGCUACGCAGCCCGGUUCUGGGGAGAGCAUAUCGAAGAAGAUGUGGAGACUCAACAAGAAGUUCUUCAGUUUCUUAUCAGUGACUCAAACGUUGCUUCGUCAAGUCAAGUUUUG